UCACUAAAAAUCAAUUGAACAGACAUAUUUCUCUUUUUUGUUAGUUUCGUAUUAUCUUUUUUUACAAUUAUCAAAAAUAAGUAAUACAACAGGUUUUAAGACAUCAAUAUGACACUAAAAGUGGUUUUAUAUUUUGGGAUGUAUCUAAUUGCAGAGAUAUCUGGACAUGGGAUGAUGUUAAAUCCCCCAGGAAGAAGUUCUUUCUGGAGGUUUAACGACACUGCACCUCGAAAUUUUGACGAUAAUCAAGUGUUCUGUGGUGGAGCUUAUGUCCAAAAUGAACUGAAUGAUGGCAAGUGUGGUGUAUGUGGAGAUCCUUAUACAGAUCCUCAUCCCCAAAGAAACGAAAAUACCGGAUUUUAUGGUAUAGGAAUUGUCGUCAAGACCUAUGAACCAGGCUCAGUUAUUGAUGUUAAAAUCAUGCUAACUGCUAAUCAUCUAGGAAAUUUCACAUACAGUCUAUGUGAACUCGAAGAUUUUGACGCUCCAGAACCUGAAAAUUGUUUUGAAGAUUUGUUACUGGAGGAUGGUUCAGCUAACUAUAAUGUAGAGUGGGAAGAUGAAGUAGUCUUCAAUAAGGUUCGACUGCCAAAUUUCCAAUGCGAGAGAUGUGUUCUUAGAUGGACUUAUAAAGCAGGAAACAACUGGGGGCUAUGUGAGGAUGGAAAAUGGAGAAGAGGAUGUGGACCUCAAGAACAUUUCAUAUCAUGCGCAGAUAUUGCACUAUUAUAAUUAUAAAAACAUUUAACACUAUUCAGUAAUUUUAUAGAUCUUAUCCUGGAUAAGCGUACCCGCGUACCAAAAAAAGUUGAUUAAUAGCAAGCUGAAAAUUUGUUAAUAGCUUAACGGUGUCUAGUCGGACAAACUUUGAUGUAUGGGAACACUCUAACAGGGGAAGUUUUAAUUGUGGAACGUGAUUUUAAUUGAGGAACGUGUCAUCCUGACAAGUUUAAGAUUGCGAAAACUAGCAGGUUGUGUUUAUUGCAAGUUUAUUCAAUAGCAAACUUUAUAUAAUAUAUGAAAAAAUAUUUGUCAGACAAAUAUGUAGGGCAUUUUAAUAAUCCGACACGUAGAACACGUCAAAUGACAGGAAUUAUAUUGGUGGUUAAUAGCAGUCUGAUUAUUGCAUGAGAGUUAAAUAAAAGGGUAACAAAUCAAUUGAAAGUUCUGUCCGACAAAACACAUGGGACGUUUUUGUAGUCAGAGUUCGAAACUUGUAACCUGUUUCACAAUUAAAACUUCACCUGUUCCCGUAUAUCAAAGUUUGUCCGGCUAGACAGCGUUAAGAUAUUAACACAUUUUCAGCUUGCUAUUAAUAAACUUUUUUUGGUACCCAGGAUCCAGGCCUAUAAACUUAUUUUCCAAAGUAUUAUCCUUUAUCGUUAUGUUUUUAAUCAUGUCAAUAUUAUUUAAAUAUAGUUCUAGUUUCUUA